CAAAUGUGAUACACCUGUCAUCAAUUUCGACAGAGAACAAGUGGUGGACAACUGCGUCGUGUAUCCAAGGGGAAGUCCGCUUUGCCUUUCGAGAAGUAAACUCGUCUUUGAACUUGCAUGUGAAAGUGAAUGUUAAGCUCCAAUUAAGAGAAUUUAGGUUUACGUUUGUUCAUUUUGUGAUGAAUUGAUGAAUAUCUGAAGACAUUUGGAAUAGCAAGCCUACACUGGAGCGCUCGUAAUCUGAGCUGAGCGAAGCCGAAGAAGGGGUGCGAGACAUCUAUUCACCGCAGACAUCACGGCCGAUUGUCCACUUGCAACCCCGUUCAAAGUUCUGUUCUUGAAUUUAUUGCCAACCGUCGGCCGUCGAACGAAAAACUUUGCUGAAUAAAUGUCAUAGAUAUUGAGGCUGAUGAGUGAGAAAUUCUGUUUUUAAUCACCCAGACUCAUUUAUUCAGCAUUUGAGUUCCAGAUCGUACACAUGAUAUUUGCACUUGAGUUUGUAGCAGGUGAUUUUCGUCUGCCUAGGCUAUUUGGAGUAAUGCUGGGGAGAGUGUGGUGUGUGUAAAAUUGAAAUGAAGCGACGCACUCUAUUGAAAAUAACGUGUAUUGAUUAUAACCUGACACUGUUCAUUGCACUUUCCCCCUGGUCAAAAAAUGAGAAGGAAUAUUUUGCUUAUUACCAAACAUCUUGACAGCUGUCUUGCUGACAUUCAGAGUUGAACAGAGAAAUUUAUUAACUUUAGUUUAGAUACUCUGGAAGAUAUAUAUACUCACUGUCGCUGUAAUUUGCUCUUUGCAGGAUGAAUUCAUGAUUCAUUAAUUGUGGAUGAGAUGACUUUCCCAUAGGCUUACCCUAACUGAAUGAAUGAAACAAUUACUGAGGAAGGCGACAGUGAGAAAUGUACUUGAUAUGAUGGUGUGACCCAACAAUCUGCAAAAAUGUAUCCAGGCAGAAGGAAAACAAAGCUGCCAAGGACGAGCGCGAUGAACCUCAAAACAGUUGAAGUACCCAGAGGCCGAAAUGGCUAUGGCUUCACUGUAUCCGGUCAGUCCCCUUGUGUUCUCAGUUGCAUCCUACAUGGUAGCCCUGCAGAAAUUGCCGGGAUAAAGACAGGCGAUAGUGUCAUAGCAGUGAAUGGAGAAAAUGUGACGCGUUUAAGCCAUGAACAAAUUAUCAAGUUGAUAGGAGCAACUACUGGUGUGCUACGUCUUACUGUUGCAGAGAUGGAUUAUUCAGAGUCUUCCGAUGAUGAGUAUGUGUACAUGCCCAGGACUCGAUACCCGCACGCUAAGAGGUCGCAGAGUGCUACACCUUUGUCGAUGAUUGGAAGUAAAGCCCGUGCAGAGAUGGUCGUGGAAGAGAUGCAGCAGGGGGCUCUUCUUGAUUCCUUCUCCAUGCACACAGAUAUUCCUCAGGCAAUGCUUAGAGGAGCAGAAGUGCAACGUAUUCAGGCGGACGUUCAAAUAAGUUCUUCCAAGUUUGCACCAGGUCAUUUGAGUCCUCUCAACCAGCCAGGAAACGGAGAAAUGCUUUUGAAAAGAUCACCAAACUAUGAUUACUCCUAUUGGAAUGGAAAAAGUGUUGAAAAGAUGAAUGUACCACAGAAGGCGCGUAAACCGAGGAGGCAUAAUGACCCAAGGAAUCGUAUGUUUUCUACUCCUACCCCGACCAGCUAUUACAUUCGAGAGAAUCCCUAUGAUGAUAAUGACCCUGAAAUGAGGCCACUGUCCCCAGUAGAACUGAGCCAUUUGAUGUACCCGGGCAAUGAUGCCAGUCGCGAUGCCUCAAGGGGUAUGCACAAGUCAGUGUCACUUCCAGGACAUACCAGUCGGAAUGUGUCUCAGGGGCACAGCAUGAGUGCAUCUUUCUUGGAGGACAAUGAAAAUGUGCACAUGAGAGCUAUGGUUGGCUAUCUUGGAUCCAUUGAUAUUCCAGCUUCUGCAAAUCUUCCAACUGCCAGUCUCCAUGCGAUAAGAGGGUGUGUCCGUAGGCUUCACAAAGAGCACAGGGUGCACUCGUUCAUGAUGAUGGAGAUUCGGACUGAUGGUGUUCGGCUUGUGAACAGUAACCAGCGCAUCGCUGUUGUGUACCCAAGAGAACGCCUUGCUUUCAGUGGUGUCUGCCCAGAUGACAAGCGUUUCUUUGGCAUUGUUACAUCCCAAAAUCCUGAGGAAAUGCUAGAUGCUAUGGAUAGUGAUGAUGAACCAAUUGGAAGCUCCUGCCAUGUCUUCAUGGUAGAUCCAGAGUUCAGAAGGCAUGAUGUGCAUGCCCGGGUCGUCUCACAAUUUGGUAUCUCUUGUUGCACUAAUCCAGAAACAAACACUUGUGACAUCUUCCCCUCCUCGGCCAAACCUAUUCUUCAGCAGGUGUCGCAACUCUAUAGAGACCGGAAUGACUUGUCCUACUUUGGUGAACUUUAUGGACACUCCUCCUUUGCCAGUGGUCCACGUCGAAGUAACAGCACCAACAGCAGUAACAGUGAUAGUGGAUUUGGUAACGGAAAUAGUAAAGACCAAAGUGAUUUCAAUGUUCAAAUGGAUCACAGCCAUCACAAUCCAAUCCUGGAUGUGGCAUCUCUGAUGCGCAACAAGAGAGGAGGUGGUACAAGGCAUGUCGUUCCAGCUGAUGUCAAUGCCUCCUUGUCAUCAGAUGUGCCUUACUCUCUGUCUUCAACUUCUCCCCAAUCAAUUGAUACAUCCCCGCAGAACAUCUUCAGAAGAAACACCAAAGACGUAUCAGGCAGGCUCACUCCAAGAGCUCGUCCUGAUCCUGUUGGCUUCCGCAGUCCUUCAGUAGUGCCAGCGCAACAAGAUAAUGCCUUUCACUAUCAACAGCAGGCUGCUAGACCAUCUAGCGUCCAAGUGCCUCUUCAGUCUCACAUACAGCAUUCUGCGCCUCCCGAGCUAAAGCAAUUCAAACAACCUGGUGUUGAUUUUAACGCCCCUAAACCAAACGCUGAAAGUUCUGGAUCGUCAACCUUGGAAGAUAAUUCCCAGAGAGGGAAGGAGUUAAUGGGUCCACCGAAGGGUUUGCCUCCAACAGGGCGUCACUCGCUAUACAGCAAACCCUCACAAAAUUUCAUCAAUGAAGCUAUAGACCAAGAUACAGCAAGGAAGGUGCAAAAUGAAUUAUCAAGGAGGCUCUCAGAAAACCAAUCUUUUCAUCAGAAACAACAGCUAUUGCGUCGUAAUAGUGACUGUUCCGAAUACAGCAGUUCUACAAGGUUGUCCAAACAGGCCAUUGAGAGACUUCAAAAAAUUCGUCAAGAUCCUCAUCAUUUGACACCAUCAACUCAGCAAACUUUGGCAACAUCAGAAACAAAUUUGAAUAAUGAUAGUCGAGGUAUCCAUAGUUCAGCUAGUAACCCUAACCUUGUUGCCCAAGGGAGUGGCUUGGCUGAGCUUGACCCAUCGAUAGGAAGAGUCUCAAGUUGGGCAGUAGACUUUGAAAGACUACUCACAGAUGAACUGGGCUUGGCAUGUUUUACAGAAUUCUUAAAGAAGGAAUUCAGCGAUGAGAAUAUCAUGUUUUGGAUUGCUUGUGAGAGGAUGAGCAAAAUCAAAGAUCAUAAAGAGCUUCAAAGAACAGCACAGGAGAUCUACAACAAACAUUUGGCGUCCAAGGCACUUAUGCCUGUCAACUUAGACAGUGGCGCACGGUCUAUGGUAGAAGAUGCUAUGAAGAAUCCAACGCCUGAAAUGUACAAAGUGCAGCAAUUGCAAAUCUUCAAGCUCAUGAAGUUUGACAGCUACUCUCGCUUCCUCAAGAGCAAGCUCUACCAGGACUGCGUCCUGGCUGAGAUGGGUGGCCUGCCCCUUCCCAUCAGCCUGGAGACGGUCCCAACCGGUGACUCAGAACCCUCUGCGGGUGACCUUGAGGACAGCGGCGGAGUUCAUGGUGGCAGCGGUGGGAUGAGUAGUGAGAGCAGCAGCUAUGAGAAAGGAGGAGAGAAGAAUGGAGGGGUGAUGCUAGGAGGAACGGUCAAGGACAGGAUGGAGAGGAAGAAGAGCGGAAACAAGAGAGAAUCAAACAGGACUGUUAAGAAAAGGCACAUGUUUAUUAAAAAGAAUGGCAUUCCCAGUGAGAAGGAAGAAGAGAACCAGGACAAGAAAAGAAGUUCAAUACUGCCAUGGAGAAAUAAGCAGAAGAAAGGAAAAGAGGAUAAAACAAGUUCUGGCAAUGAGGAUACGAGCGUAAGCAGUCGUCAUAGCUCGAUAACCAGCAGUGAUUUCAGACCUGCCGGUGACAAGUUUGUGGAUAUGAACCGAUGCUUUCAUAUGAUCUUCCCCAACAACGAGAUACUCACCUUGACCCCUGACCCCCAGCAGUCGGUCCGAGGGAUCCUAAUACCCCUCCUUGAAGAGAGAGGACUGGGGCUCCAGAAUGUGGAGAUCUUCCUCAACGAUACGAAAGAGACUGAAUCAGUUAAGCAAAAGCUAAUAAAUUUGGAGCAGCUUGCCACUGAGAUGAUUGGAAGGCAGAUUGUUGUCGAGAGGAGAGUAGUCUUUAAAAUUGAGCUUCCUAAUAAGAGAGUAAUCGGAGUGAAGUCUAAGCUCACCAAGAAGAUUAUUGAGGUAUUGAGACCAGUUACAUACAAGUACAAGUUACAGCUUGAUGCCCUAGUCGUUCAUCUGAGUGACUCUCCAGUUCCCCUGGACCUUGAUAUAACAGUUGCCUCUCUAGAUGGUCAAAGGAUACUCAUAGAGACACUGGAACAGUACAGUGCCGGUUCUUACAGCAUUGGAGGGAGAGCAUCUGUUGGACCAGCGGGUGAUUCCAAGCAGAAAUCAGCUGAAACCAGGGCAAGUUCCGUUGAUAGCUACUUGAAGGACGAUGAAGCAGUCCGUCCCGAUUCCAGCAAGGUUGCCAAGGACAAGCUCACGUCACAGGUGUCGGCACCAGCCAUAUCGGCCUUCCAGGCACCUAGAGGGGACACCAUGAGGGAACAGAGAGACCUUGCAGCGGCAGCAGCAAAGGCUGCACCCCAGGUCAAGAACCUACCCCCUUCGUCGUCAUCGGUGUCUACAUCGGCUCUGGGUACGGGUAGGACUGAGGGACGGGCAGAGGCAAGAAGAGCUGCAGGGAACCUCAAGGUCACUGGGAAGGACACUGAAGAUCUUAUCGCCAUGGUAAGCAAAGUUCAAGGUAAGCGCUUGGAUGACCAAAGAGGCCUCACACUACGCAACUUAGAGCUACCCGAUUUCCUCAAAGUCCCUGCUACCUACACCACCUCUUCUUCAUCUUCCACUAAGCCUGUGGACAGUCGUCCGAAGAGUGCCCUCGCUCAGCCUUACCAGUCCAAUGCAGCUUCCGAACAGCCAAAGCAUGAGCAGGGAGAUCUCAAGGGUAUUGACAUAGAAGCGCUGAAGCUACGGCCAAAGUCGACACCUCCAAGGCAAGGCAUAAUGAAAGAUGACGAUGACGGAUUCGACGGUAUUAUACCAACGCAGGAUCAAGCUGAUGCUGUCUUUGGGAAGGUUGGUCCACGCAGUCCAGUUCAUGUUCGCUUCGAUGAUACCGUCGUGAGCAGUUCCUAUCGAGAAACAUCUUGGGGUCAGGGGGCAUAUGUGAACUAUCCAAUUACAGACAAACUAAGGCCCUCAGUGGCAAAUUCGUAUCAGUCUGGAACAAGCUCAUAUCAAACCCCAGACAGUAAGUUGAGUCCACGAGCAUAUGGCACUGGUCAAUUAAAUGGGAAUGAUUCUACAGAUUAUGGACAGAAUACUACGGCAUACUCACUGGAGUUUAAUAGUUCAUUUGGAAGCAUGGACCAACCCAACCUGUUGGAUACCACGUUAAUGUCGACUUCUUCAGACACUCAUCUUCCUCCUCCUCCUACUCCAGACAUGGAUACUACCAUACAGGCUGACUUACCAAACUACACUCCUCCUCCUGCGAUCGGUGUGGAGCAGCCACGCCCUGCUGGGUUUGCCAAGAUGAGCAGCCAGAGCACCCCAGAUGUGAGAAAAUACCCCAUACAGCACCCCUUCCGAUCGGGAUGCACCCUACCAGGUCAUGGCCCGGACGUUGCCCCCAAGCCUGUUGUGGAAGCCAAUGGGUACGCUUCCAAAGCGUACACCAGGAGCAUAUCUGCAGGGCAGCUCUCCUACUCCAAUAACAACAACACCAAUGUGUCUCUUGCAGUUACUUCCCCAGACAUCAAGGUUGAAACAAACAAUUGCUAUUCGAAUUAUUGUCCCCUUCCGACCACACCUGACGGGAGCUCCUAUGGUGGUUCUUCCACCAACAUUGAUGACUUGUCCAUGUCUCCAACAUCUUCAGCCCCACCGGAUGUGGCUCAGGUGCACGCCAAGGAAAGAGUCAUCAAACCCCCUCCUGCAUACCACAGCAACAUGUCCACCAGGCAAUCAAAUGGAGCCUUUACAUCCAGUGAAGACUUGUGGGGCGCACCAACCUCUGGCCAAGGGAACCGAAAGGGUGCACCGCAAAGUGCCACUUGGAGUUCCUCAGCAACCAAUCCGACCAGUGGUCCAUCUGGAAGACCUGCUCGUGGGGCCACAUGGUCAGGCCCAAGAGGAAGUGCUCCCCAGGUAACAAGCGCACUCUCCACAUCGGCACCACGUAGCUACAGAGGACCAGUGCCGUUCACGAGCGUGCAGCCCCCAAGGACACACCCUAGCUCCCAAGGGGCUGUACCCAAGCUUCCUGUUGGUGGCAACCAAGGAGGAUAUGGUGAAACCAACAACUUGGGUGCUGGUGCCUCGGGAGGGGCUACAGGAGGGGAAAGUGAGGGAACUGGUUUGCAAGGCAAAGAAACGGUUGUCAUCUCCAAGGAUGGUAGGAAAUUAAGGGCCACAUUUGUUUAAAAAAGCCUCUAUACAGUUCCAAGAAAUCUUGCUCAAGAAAAUCUAAAUUCCAACAAGAAUGUAAAUAGGAUUUUUAGGGGUAUUUUUUUAAAUGAAAUGCUGCAUUUAUAAAAGAUGCAAAAAAACAACAACCCAAAACAAAGAAAUUUAUUAAAUUAGACGUUCCAAUAUCACAAUGAAAAAAUAACAUAGAUUUGUCGGAAUAUCAUUUCUACAGCACCAUUUUUUUUAACCACUGAAAAAAUAAAUAAAAUAAAGUGAAUUUGUACAUAAGUUCAACAAACAGUAAUUUUUUUUUCCUUUUGAGUGAUGACAAUCUUCAGGUACCAGUAGUUUAGUUUAUUUUCAGUUUUUGUUUGUACAUAUAUUUGUAACCACAUUUGAAUUUUAUAUCACAUGAGUCACAUGAGUUUGUAUUAUGAUUAUACCAUUUUCCAUCAUUAUUAAGCCUUUUGAUUGUUUAUUUGGUCAAGUCGGAUUAAUGCAUGUUUUCAAGAUCUGGAGAAAUAUAAAAUGUUAGGGGUGUCUUCGUUGUAUUUUACUGCAAAUUAUUAUUUUUUUGUGUGUAUGUAUAUGUAAUGUCAGUUUGCAUGAAUUAGGUUGUUCUUUAAGAAUGAAAAAAAAUAUUCAUUGCCUUCAGAAUAAAUAUUGAACAACUUCUGAAAUAGUGACAUUUUGUAGAUAGAAUAAACAUAUAUGACCUGUAAUUUAUGAAUUACCAAAGAGUUUAUGCUGUAUAUAUUUCUUUAUAGAACAUAUCUGCCAUUUCUGGUGAACACUUUUCUAACAGACUUUCUAUAUUAUAUGUACAUUUUGUAUAUUUACUUAGUGGUAUCAGAUACUUGAUAUAUAAGUGGUCGC